UGCGCCUUUUCUGCACUUUUUUUGCUGAAGUUUUCCUUCUAAGCGUGCGGCGCUGACGCUAAAGAGAAGCUGCAGACACCGAGGCGACGCUUAUAAUUGACAGAUCCGCGGCCGUGAACGCGGCUGUGCGCGCAUCAGAGAGCUAAUUAGGAUUUCAGUAUAAAAAAGGCCGCAGUCGGGACAGCUCGGCCUGUCCUGCCGCUGAUGUCGGAGAGCUGAAGGUACAGAGGUGCACCCCAGCAUGCACUCGCUCUGAUCCCAAACAAGCGGAUGGGAUUUGGGGAUUUCGCCCACGCUGCACUCUUCACGCUUUUGCUUUGUGAACGCAUUGAAACUCCAACGAGGACACUGAUGUUUCUGGAGACUUUAAUGGCUCUGGGCUCGACCUAAAGAGGCUGCUGCUGCCUUUAUGGGACGGUGAAGCUAUCCUCAUUUAUUUUAUUUUAUUUUAAUGUAUUUCUUUUGUUUGUUUUCUAAACUGGUAUCCACACUGCUGGUUCAGAGGGAAAAGCUUCGAUUUCUUGGCCGGGUUGUUUUGGUUCUCUGACGGGGAGGAAGGUGAAGAGUUUUUGGGGUUUGAUUUUCUCCCGUGGUGUCUGUGUGGAGCGUGCCACACACCCACUCCACAACAACGACGGCUUUUGCUUGCAUCUUCCAGUGUUUCUUCUGUCAGCAAGUCCAGCAGAGCUGCAACUCUUCCAGUGCCAGCCCUGACACCAGCGAGGAGCCCUGCCCCACUGACAUGGUGAAGAUGACCAAGUCUAAGACCUUCCAGGCUUACCUGCCGUCCUGCCACCGCACCUACAGCUGCAUUCACUGCCGAGCACAUCUGGCCAACCACGACGAGCUCAUCUCAAAGUCAUUUCAAGGCAGUCAAGGAAGAGCCUAUCUGUUUAAUUCAGUGGUGAAUGUCGGCUGCGGGCCAGCAGAGGAGCGGGUUCUCCUCACAGGUUUACAUGCUGUGGCUGAUAUCUACUGUGAAAACUGUAAAACCACCCUUGGUUGGAAAUAUGAGCACGCGUUUGAAAGCAGUCAAAAGUACAAAGAGGGAAAGUUCAUCAUCGAGCUGGCUCACAUGAUCAAGGACAACGGGUGGGAGUGACGCUCCGCCUCUCCGUUUGUUUUUCUUGUUUUUGUUGUUGUUUUUCUGACCUGGGAAUGCUCUUUAUCGAACUACAGGGGGAGGGUGCUCGUCCGGCCCUCCCUCCACCAGCCCCCACACUUUCCUAACAGUUAAAAAAAUCAAACACCUCCACCUUCCCGCCUUCUCCACGUGCACACGCACCCACCUGCUCAUUGUGAAAGUGAACAAACGGCGACCGCCGAGUGGAGCGACUCAUUGAAAAACGACGUCAUGUGAGUCCCGCCGUUACUUCCCCAGAGCUUUUGGGAUCGACCCCGCCCACUCUCAACCCGCCGCCGCCCCACCGAAACACGCUUACAAGUGAUUGUGGUGACGUGUCGACCACUAUGCGAAGGAAGAGAGAGACUUCACCGAGAGGACGUUUCUUUCUUUUCUUGAUGGAUGACUUUGGUUAUUUUAAUGUUAUUUGCUUCAGUUUUAACGUCGGGUUUGGUAAAGAUUUGGUUUGGCAGCCGAUGGAUGUUACUGGUUAGCAUUAUAUUUUAUUUCCCUGUCAAGUCUGUGUUUAUUCAUUUUGUCGGCUUGGUGUAUCUCUGCCUCUAGCUGAGCAUGCUUUUCUUUGCUAAUGUCCAAAUGAGUAAUCAGGGAUGGGUGAGGAGCAGAGGGGGAAAGGGAGUUUAUCGUAGUUGCAAAUAUGUAGCAGCAUCUUGCUUUCUUUCUUUUUUUCUUUUUUAAAGAGGCAAAGAAUGAGUUUGCAGUAUUGUGGAAUUUUAUACCUGAUAUUUUUCUGUUUUUACCCUUUUUUUCGACUUUCUUUUUCCCUCUUUCUGGUACUUUUCAGCACCCAAAAGCAUUGAAAGCAGCACCUAGUAUUCGUUUGACAUAAAUGGGUAUAUAUAUACGUAUACAUAGAUCUAUAGAUACAUAUUUGUAGUGUUUGGCUAAUUGCGAUUGUGGCUGGUCCCAGUUUGCAGCAGUACCACGAGUGAAAGACGAAAAAGGAGCAGAAAUGGUUAUUAGACUGGGGAUCCUUCCAUCAGUGCCCACACAUCAUAAAACACGAUGACAGAGUGUAUUAUCCCAUUGUCUGGUAAUGAAACAAUAAGAGACACUUACAUAUGAAUAUAAAUACACAUACUAUGAUUACAUAUCCAUAAAUACUAUGAAAAUGUUCGUAGUACGUCGAUAUUGGAACAUGGUUUCUAUAUAUAUAUAUAUAUUUGCUGUCACGCACAUAUGUAUAUAUGCAUAUUACUGUGUGUAUAUAUGCAUUUUGUGUGUGUGUGUGGUCAUGCAUUAUACAGUGGCAUACUUGAACGACUUCGUUUGCACUUUGCAGAGGCGUUUGGUCCAUCGCGGUUUGGAGGCAAAAUGUUUGUUCGCUCUCGUUUCCCAAUGGCCUUCUCACAGAUGAACGACAGAUUGUUGGAGAUGGAAAGGAAGCUGGAGCAGGAGGGCUUCGUCGACUCUGGUAUGCUUAGCAGCUGCCUGUUAGAUACUUUGAGGAAAUUUGGUUUCAUUUUGUUUAAAUUCCAGGUUUCCUCUCACUUCUUCCACACCACAAAGUAGUUUCCAAUUUUUUGCUGCUAUCCUGGAAAUCCCGCCGCUUCGCCCCGUUCUUCUAGAUCUUUUGCACUUUACGUCCUUCUCUCUCUCUCUCGGAGCGUAUGAAUCGUCUCUUUGUGGACAGCAUCUGUGAUUUGCCUCCAAGCCGUAUGAAUCUUGUGCCUCUUCAAAACACGAACGGCCUCCCUCUACUUGUUUUCUUUUAUUUUUCCUUCUGUUGUGCAGUGCAUAACUCUGAAAACUUUCAUGUGAACCGAUGUGUCUUCCCCUUCCCUUCGCCCCCUUCCUGGUUCAAAGAAGUAGCCCUCGAAAUAACAUUUUUCACCAAAAUCCUCAGAGCUCUAUGGAUAACAGAGACUUGGUAUAUAUACACACAUAUAUUUUCUACGUUCAGAUUUAAAGGUGCAAAAACAGAUGGAUAUUCAGUAUAUUAUUUCUCAGAGUAAAGCAAAGAGGAGGAAGAGGUUGCCCGGGACUUGUUGGACUUUUUAAUCAGAGGGAUUAAAAAGAUGGCAGCAGGUGAUGGUGUGGGCAGGGUGGGACACGAUGGGAGAGAUUUUAAAAAAAAAAAUCAAAAAAAAAAAAUCAGCAGUGAUUGAUUACUUUGCCGGCAAGGUCAGUCAGAUCACACGACCUUUUAACCUAAAACUAUGACAAUGCAAACCCUUGAUAGUUAGCAGUGAUACCUACUUGAAAUAUAAAUACAUAAACAGCUAAGAUAUUGGCCCGUGUUACAGUUUUUGUACAUAAAGUAACAUAUUUAAGGUUUUAUACGUAUUUCUACUGGGUUAGUUCUUUUACUUCCCCUACUUGAAGCACUUUUGUUCACCGUACCUCUGGCUGUGUGGUGUCUGGCGUGUGCGCAUACAUGCAUGUGUGUUAAUCCACAUGCAUGCCUGCACACCAAAGCGAAUGUUUACCUUCUCUUCCUCAGUUUUCCCCUCUUUCCUUUUUGAGUUUUCCUGGUGUGUUUUUUUUCUUCCCUUUCACAGCUGUUUGGUUUCGCUGUCUCGCCCGCUCAUCUGCGAGGUUGACAGCCAGGUUAGUUUGUUUGGAAGUGAUUUAUCCCCCGUUUGGUUUGUUUGCUUUUUUUUCUGUUAGCUUGUUUAUUUAGCUUGUGUGGUAAGAGCCCGUUAGAGGGCCGGUGUUUAGGUCUCUGCUGAGCCAUGUAGACGUUGAGGGCGAGCUGGAAUCUCCCACCAUGUCGCAGGGAGAGCCUUUACCAAGACCCUUUGGCCACCGCAGUCAGUGUCUCCUGUGCUGAGGGCUUUCAGGUGUAGAAAUGCACCCUGUGGCAGCUAUGUCGGAGGUCAUUAGUUUGCGGCAACACUGGCUGUGAAUAUCUGAUUGUAUUUUUUGAACGUAUUCAUUCUCGUGGUGUUUUUCUUUUUUUGUGUAAAAGUGAACUGUUACUCCCCUUAUCUAUUUGAUCGAAUGGCUUGUUUUGAUGAUAAUAGCCUGUUUUAGUCACAUCUCAGUUCUGGUGCUGCAUCCUUUCGAUGUUUUGCAGGACACGCAGGGCCUGUCAAAUGCAGGCAAGAAUUUGCAGGUCUGUCCAACAACUUAAUGCAUAGAGUGUUGAGCGCAGCUGCAAGAGUUAACCCCGUAGCAUCGUUUGGGCGUGUGCUCAGAGGUGCAACAAACUUCUUUGCGGAUGUCGUAUCAAACUUUUAAUGGCCUGUUUUUGAGUCCAAAUUCUAAAGUAUUGAAAGAUGAUGUGAAAGAUUUGAGGUCCUUCAGCCAGAACUAGCUUGUCUUUCCAUUUCCUGGUAACAAGCUGGAAAACUACAGACUGGAAGGCCAUCGGAUAAAACAGUCAUUGCAUUAAAGCCAUGUCUUCUUCCACAUGUCGUGAGAUUUGGUCAGUUUAAAGCUACAAACAUUAGAUGUUCACAUGAACGCAUGAAUGCAUCGUUAGAUGCUCGAAGGUUGCAGCUCCUGAACUAUGAUGAGCUUUUAUUAAAACAGCAAAGUCUGAUUGCAUUAACAUAACAAUGCCACAGCCCCUGCCUUUAGGUUGGUUUACCUCUGUGAACUUUCCACACACUCAGUCUCACAAGACCAGCACCGGUAGCAAAAUUUGGAAAGAAAUCUACCUUACAGGACUGUUUGUGUCUAUCUGAAUCAUUACUGAAUGCACACACACAGUUGUACGAUUUCCCUCUGCUACAUGCACACAGCCAGUUUCUCUUGAGGACCUCCACAUGGCAGCAGCAGCAGUUUCUGGGAGCGACCCGACUGCAGAGCCUCUGUACUCUUCCCUUCGAUAAGUCAGUCAAAAUUGAACCAACAAAAAGCAGCUGCCAGUGUCACCGCCAGUGCGUACCAAAUAAAGACCCAGGCUCUAUCGAAUGCAUCAGUGUCAUGUGUCAGCGGGCAGGAACGAAGCCAGGGGCCACGGUCGAUGGGCCCCUGGAGAUUCGACUGCGAUACCAAAAUCAAAGAGUAGAAAACCUGUCACCUAUGACAUUGUCUUUCUGUAGAAUGUUUUGAUUCUCUGAAAUACAGCGUCAAAGCAGCCUGGAUGAAAAAUGUAGAUAUUUGCUGCUGAAAACUGUUUACUUUUUAUUGUUGUUCUGUUGUUAUCGUGGCACUGGCUACCUACUUUUUGCGCUCUGUUACUGUCUAAACAGGAUGUUGAUCAAAGGCUAGAUGGGUAUACGGGGAAAAGACUGUACAAGUUCUUUUCUUAGGACUGUUAAACUACAGUUUGAGGUCUAAAAGCAUGUUGUAUUUAUGAUGUCGUGCCUGUUUUUUGUUUUUUUUUCUUCCUAAAUUUUAAAGCAAAUAUUCUGCUUUUUAUUUGACUACAUUGCUUUGCAUUCUGUCUUAUUAAAGCCAUGUCACAUGUCUGUUUUCACUCUAAUGUAAACUAUCAGAUAUCACAAUAAAAUUUUCAAUGGCAUUAA